AAAGAUGUUGGGAUCAGGACUGUGGUGAUGUUGGAUGAACAAGGAGAGCAGUUGGAGCGAAUAGAGGAGGGCUUGGAUCAGAUCAACUCUGAUAUGAAGGAGGCAGAGAAAAACCUGACUGACCUGGGCAAGUGCUGUGGUCUCUGCUCCUGCGAUAAACUAAAGGCUUUUGAGGAGAGUGGGGCGUACAAGGCAGUUUGGGGCAGAGCCUCAAGCCAGGAUGGCGUUGUAGCCAAUCAGCCGCCGUCAUCUCGGGUCGUGGAUGAGAGAGAGCAGAUGAUUAUGAGUGGAGGAUACAUACGAAGGGCGACCGGCGACGCCCGCGAGGACGAGAUGGAGGAGAACCUGGCACAUGUGGGCAGCAUCGUCGGAAAUCUGAAGAGCAUGGCCCUGGACAUUGGCAACGAGCUGGAAACACAGAAUUCCCAGAUCGACCGUAUACAGGGAAAGGCUAAUCUCAACGUUACCCGAAUCAGCGCUGCCAACCAGAAGGCUACCAACCUCAUGAAACGAUAGAAGUGCUCUUCCAGUCUUUUUCUAUUAAACUGUGCUUUUGCGUGCCGUGCCAACAUGCUGACCCUGUUAUUUUAAACCUCCCAUUACUCACUUUUGACAGUGAAAUGUGCUGUAAAACUCAUCUAGAGGCCGUAAGUCCAUUAUUUUUACUAGUGGGUCUAAAGUGGAGCUCUUUAUUCCGUAACCCGUAUUUUAACAUUCCUGUUCGUUCCCCAAAUAUCAUAAUAGAAAGUCGUAGUUUUGUUUAUUUGUAUAAAAUGUGACCUAUGAUUAUUAUAAGUCAGUUUGCAAUGCAAUGUACGCUCUGUUUUACCCCUCAGCGUGGCCUCCUUUAGCUCUUGGAAACCUUUAAUGGUCCCUGUGGGGGAAAAAUUGGGUCACUCCAGCAGCACCAUCACUGCCAGCAGUAGCAGUAGAGAGCACAAUCACACAAAUACGUCAAUUUGUUUGAAGAGCGGCUGUCCCUGCUGUGGUGUUAUGAAACAUGAGCCCAUACGUCGCCUUUUCCAUCUGCCGGACGGACAGGGGAAUAACGGCAUCUGUGCAGCAAAAUGUUCUGAAAAGCAACCAGUCCAGUCCCAAAUUACACAACCCUGUUCUUCCACUUUCUCCAAAAUCUGCCACUGUGGAUGAAACACGUAUGUGACGGCGCCCUCUGUCGGCCCAGCCGGGUAUUGCCCAGAAGAAGGAAAUACGUAUUUCCCCACAAUGGAGGAUCUCUGGCGACACCAAGCGGACGCAAGCGGAACAUGCAUUCUUCCUGGCCUCUCCCAUCUUCCUUCUGUCUCCAUGUUGAUAGAAAAUGGUGGUGACACCAAGUGACGUUGUUGCUGAUUUUACGACCCUGUCUCUCAGUCGUGCACGUCAAAGGUUUGCUGACAAUGUCAAAAGUCACCAUAUCCUAAAUGAUUUGUACUUGAUGUCUGUGUUUGUAAUGUUAGCCAAUCAGGGAGAUCCUUAAGUAAACUAUGCUGUCUUUUUAUUAGCUGCUAGGUUUGAAAUCGUUCAUUGGGUAAUUUGGGGGAUUUAGAAGCUGUUUUUUGUUUA